CCAGGGAAAACUCCCACAGGCGCCCCCCCCGGCCCGCAGACCCCGGGUGAUGUGGGACGCCCCACCCCGCCGUGCCCCCUCACAUCCCCGGCCAUGUGUGGGUCUCAGGCCGCCUCUCCGCCCACGGACACACCCUCUGGGCUGGCUCUGAAUCACUGCUUCCCCGGGGAGCCGGGGAUCAGCCACCGGUUCCCGCUCCACUCAACCUCCCCUGUCCAACGCAUCUGGUCUUGUCCUCAUCCGUAUCACAUCCGGAUCCAGUUGUUUCUAUAUAAUUAGUUUCUGGGGAAAGUUAAUGAAGGGAAUCCGGAGUCGUACAGCACAGAAACGGUCCCUUCGGCCCAUCAUUUCCAUGCUACCCAUUGUACACCAAUCCCAAUUACCCGUGUUAGGUCCAUGGCCUUCUAUAACCUUGUGAUCUGAUUGGAUAUAUUUUCGGAGGAGUGAUUUGUCAAGUUGAACCGGCGAUGUGAAAAAGCAAUUACAGGUGGACCAAACCUGGAACCCACAGGAGGGCUGUCCUGCGACGAUAAGGAUGCAGCUUUGGAGUUAGCAGGCUGAGCCACAGAGAAAGCUCACUUGUCAAGUGAAGUUCAAUCUACAUCAGGGAUUAACCAAACAUUUUAAAGCUGUGCUCUUGAGCAUCCCGUGGAUGUUUUAUUUAUUGGGAAGGACAAGAAAUUGACUUUAUUACAGACAAGCAUUUUCAAUAGCUUGCUGUGUUAUCAGCAACAACACAGGAGCAAACUUCUGAUUUCACAGACCAGUUUAUUGUUUAAUGAUCUGGAGAAAAGUAACUUUUAUUUGGGAGCCGGGUGAAAAUUGCAACACUGCCACAUAGGGUGAGUCUAUGGAAACACUUUCUGCUGCAGACAUGUCGAGCACCAGCCUGCCCCCCUUGCGUAACCUGCCCCAGUGGUCUCGCGUCGGAACACUUGACAGAACCCGGUACCCUCGCCCCUUCUCCCAGCACAACGUUAACCCAAUCCCUCUGUCUCCUGCCCUGAACGCAAACAAAACAGAGGCCCCUCAACAGCCCAGCCAUCCAUACGAGCAUCGGGAGGUGGAUCCAAACCUGAGGGUGAGCACACUGGAGAAGAAUCUCAAGUUCCUGCAGGAGCAGCACUCUGAAACUCUGGGGAAGCUACACAAGGAAAUCGAGCUGCUGAAGCAGGCAAAUCAAGAUCUCAAUUUUAGGAUGAUAAUGAACCAGAGGCUGACCCAUCAAGAUCCCAAACCAGGAGAGUCGGUGGAAACGGAGGAUGAAACUCUGAAGUUACAGCUAAACAAAACGUCGGUGAGCUCAUCGUGCGCUGGUCCAACAACCUCACUCACAGACGCCGCCUCGCUGACUUGCAGAGAUCACUCUACAGGCAAGCGGCAUUCUCAGAGAGGUGCCCAGCGCCGAGCUCUGCUGCCAGAAGAUGGGGUCAGAGAGCAGAGGGCAGCACUGAAGGAGCCCCAGAAGCAGAGCUGCACCCGGCAGAAGCUCUCCACCGAGGCAGCUAACAGGAGGUGCAAUGGGACGGCACUCUCCCAACAAGCUUGUGCGGCUUUACCCGUGCUGACUCUUCACCCAGAAUUGGACAAGGCCCAGAUGCUCAUCACAUCUCUCACACCCCUUCUGAUCCAGGUUAAUCCUUCUGGGUCACCGCGGGCUCCAACACUGCAGGAAUGCGCAGUCAUUGUCCGACACUUGCACAACACCAGCAGCCUGCAGUCUCAGGAGCUCCUACGCCUGAGGACAAGUUUGAAAGAUCUGUUAUACUGCAACAAAUGGACUCCGGAUGCUUACCUCCUCGCCAAGGCUUACCUAGCUGAGCUGAGUCAGGAACAGGACAUCGUGCAACUGCCCCGAGUGCCUUUGAAAGAGCCAGCUAGAAAGCUGCCUGAAGCCACAGUGACCACAGCAGACAGAGUCGUUCUCCCUGCCCUGAAACAGACGGUGGGGAACCGAGCCACAGAGCGGCAGCGGCGACUGCAGGCUGUGCAGAAGAACCGUUACCGGAAAGUUCUGCUGUAGACCUCGCACUCAGUCUCCAACAGGAAAACGGCUUGGUGCUCACUGGAUCUGGAUCUGCUGAAAACUCAGAGCACAUGCAAUCUUGUGAACCGUUCUGUGGGUGGAUUGGCUGUGUGCGUUUAUUCUAUAAGGGA